GGGUUUUAGCUUGCAGGUGUUAGCCUUAGGAAGUCUUCUGGUAUUUAACUAUUCUUCAAAUUAAGUUUUGUCUUCUCAGAAUUCUAUCUUACAUUUUUCUGCUCCUUUUGGCAUUUGAUUUGUGGAAAGACCCUCACAGAAUAGAGGUUUGGUUUCAAUUCAGAAAAAGAAAUAGGUGAGCAUCGGAAUUUAUUUUCAUAGAUAUCUCUAGUAGAAAGAGAAAUGCAGAGGAAAUAAUCAAUUUGUUUGUAGUUGUCUCUUGUAGAAUGUGUUUCAAGGUUGUUCCUGGUGUCUUAAAAAUUCUUAAUCCAUCCCUAAAGAUGUAAGUGUCAAUGUAAAAAGCUUAUACUACUUCUCUCUUUUUGUAGCUUCCAAUAAAAGCUGGUCAGCAGAAUACCCACACCAAAGUCAGCACGGAGCACAACAAGGAGUGUCUCAUAAACAUUUCCAAGUACAAGUUCUCCCUGGUCAUCAGUGGUCUCACUAAUAUCUUAAAAAAUGUUAAUAACAUGAGAAUAUUUGGAGAAACUGCUGAAAAGAAUUUAUAUCUAUCUCAGCUGAUUAUCUUGGAUACACUGGAAAAAUGUCUGGCAGGGCAACCGAAGGAUACCAUGCGACUAGACGAGACUAUGCUGGUAAAACAGUUGCUGCCAGAAAUCUGCCACUUCAUCCACACUUACCGUGAAGGCAACCAGCAUGCAGCCGAACUGCGCAAUUCUGCCUCGGGGGUUCUUUUUUCUCUUAGUUGCAAUAACUUCAACGCUGUGUUCAGCCGCAUUUCCACCAGAUUGCAGGAACUGACUGUUUGUUCAGAAGAUAAUGCUGAUGUUCAUGAUAUUGAACUUUUACAGUACAUCAGUGUGGAUUGUUCAAAACUAAAACGACUUUUGCAAGAGACUGUAUUCAAGUUUAAAGCUCUUAAGAAAGUAGCUCAGUUAGCUGUUAUCAACAGUCUUGAAAAGGCAUUUUGGAACUGGGUGGAAAACUAUCCUGAUGAAUUCACAAAGCUGUAUCAAACACCACAGACUGAUAUGGCUGAUUGUGCAGAGAAGUUGUUUGACUUAGUGGAUGGCUUUGCAGAAAGCACAAAACGUAAAGCAGCAGUUUGGCCACUGCAAAUCAUACUCCUGGUCCUGUGCCCAGAGAUAAUCCAAGAUAUAGCAAAGGAUGUGGUAGAGGAAACUAAAAUGAACAAGAAACUCUUCCUGGACAAUCUCAGGAAAGCACUUGCAGGCCACAGUGGGAGCAGACAGCUGACUGAAAGUGCUGCUAUUGCUUGUGUUAAACUUUGCAAAGCAUCUACCUACAUCAACUGGGAAGAUAAUUCUGUCAUUUUCCUACUAGUGCAGUCCAUGGUUGUAGAUCUUAAGAAUUUGCUGUUUAAUCCAAGUAAACCUUUUUCAAGAGGCAAUCAGAACGCAGACAUAGACCUUAUGAUUGACUGCUUAGUCUCAUGCUUCCGCAUAAACCCUCAUAAUAACCAACACUUCAAGAUCUGCUUGGCACAGAAUUCCCCAUCAACAUUUCAUUAUGUACUGGUAAAUUCACUCCACCGAAUAAUCACAAAUUCUGCGUUGGACUGGUGGCCCAAAAUCGAUGCCGUGUACUGCCAUUCCGUGGAGCUUCGCAGCAUGUUUAGUGAGACUCUUCAUAAAGCUAUUCAAGGCUGUGGGGCACAUCCAGCAAUUCGCAUGACUCCGAUGCCAACCAGUCACUGUUUUGCAUGGCAGUGGGCCUCUGUUGCUAGUCUUACAUUUAAAGAGAAGAUGACAAGCCUUAAAUUUAAAGAAAAACCUACUGACUUGGAAACCAGAAGCUACAAGUUCUUGCUAUUAUCCUUGGUAAAAUUGAUCCAUGCUGAUCCAAAGCUUUUGCUGUGUAAUCCAAGGAAGCAAGGGCCUGAGACACAAGGUAGUACUGCUGAAUUAAUUACAGGCCUUGUACAACUUGUUCCACAGUCCAGCAUGCCAGAUAUAGCACAAGAAGCCAUGGAGGCCUUGCUAGUUCUUCACCAGUUAGACAGCAUUGAUCUGUGGAAUCCUGAUGCACCUAUAGAAACGUUCUGGGAAAUUAGUUCACAAAUGCUUUUUUAUAUCUGCAAGAAACUAACCAGUCAUCAGAUGCUCAGCAGUACAGAAAUCCUCAAGUGGCUGCGAGAGAUUCUCAUCUGUAGGAAUAAAUUUCUUCUAAAAAAUAAACAGUCGGAUAGGAGUUCCUGUCACUUCCUCUUCCUUUAUGAUGUCUCUGGAGGUGGAACUAGUCAAAUGUCUCUUGACCAUGAGGAGAUGAAAAGCUGUACUCCGGGAGCCACCCUCAGGAGAGGGAAGGGGAAUUCUUCCAUGGAAAGUACAGCAGGAUGCAGUGGAACACCUAUUUGUCGCAAAGCCCAAACAAAAUUGGAAGUUGCUUUAUACAUGUUUUUGUGGAGCCCAGAUAUUGAGGCAGUCCUUGUGGCAAUGUCCUGUUUCCGUCACCUGUGUGAAGAAGCAGAUAUCAGAUGUGGAGUAGAUGAAGUUUCAGUUCAUAAUUUUUUGCCAAACUACAACACUUUCAUGGAGUUUGCAUCUGUUAGCAAUAUGAUGUCAACAGGGAGAGCAGCUCUUCAGAAAAGAGUGAUGGCAUUAUUAAGGCGCAUUGAACAUCCAACUGCAGGCAACACAGAGGCCUGGGAGGAUACACAUGCAAAAUGGGAACAAGCUACAAAACUAAUCCUUAACUAUCCAAAGACCAAAAUGGAAGAUGGGCAGGUGACUGAAAGUCUUCAUAAGACGAUUGUUAAGAGACGAAUGUCGCAUGUUAGUGGGGGAGGCUCCAUAGACUUGUCUGACACAGAUUCUCUUCAGGAAUGGAUCAACAUGACGGGGUUCCUAUGUGCCCUUGGAGGAGUGUGCCUACAGCAUCGUAGCAAUGCAGGAUUAGCAACCUACAGCCCACCUAUGGGCCCAGUCAAUGAGCGUAAGGGCUCCAUGAUAUCUAUGGUAUCCACUGAGGGAAAUGCAGAGACUCCUGUUAGCAAAUUCAUAGAUCGAUUAUUGACUCUGAUGGUCUGUAACCACGAGAAAGUGGGACUUCAAAUACGGACUAAUAUUAAAGAUCUGGUGGGUUUGGAGUUGAGUCCAGCACUUUAUCCAAUGCUGUUUAACAAACUGAAGAAUACCAUCAGCAAGUUUUUUGAUUCUCAAGGACAGGUUUUGUUAACUGAGACCAACACACAAUUUGUAGAACAAACCAUUGCUAUAAUGAAGAAUUUGCUUGACAAUCAUACAGAAGGGAGCUCAGAACAUCUUGGACAAGCUAGUAUUGAGACAAUGAUGCUAAAUCUGGUUAGGUAUGUGCGUGUGCUUGGAAAUUUGGUACAUGCAAUUCAAAUAAAAACUAAGCUCUGUCAGUUAGUAGAAGUAAUGAUGGAGAGAAGAGAUGACCUUUCGUUUUGCCAAGAAAUGAAAUUCAGAAACAAAAUGGUAGAAUAUUUGACAGACUGGGUUAUGGGAACAUCUAAUCAAGCAACAGAUGAGGAUGUAAAAUGCUUGACAAGAGAUUUGGACCAAGCGAGUAUGGAAGCAGUGGUCUCUCUUCUUGCUGGGCUUCCAUUACAGCCUGAAGAAGGAGAUGGUGUUGAGUUGAUGGAAGCCAAAUCUCAGUUAUUUCUUAAGUAUUUCACACUGUUUAUGAACCUUCUAAAUGACUGUAGUGAAGUUGAAGAUGAAAGUGCACAAACUGGUGGCAGGAAACGUGGAAUGUCUCGAAGACUAGCUUCGCUACGACACUGCACUGUUCUUGCUAUGUCAAAUUUACUCAAUGCAAAUGUGGACAGUGGUCUUAUGCACUCCAUAGGCUUGGGCUAUCAUAAAGACCUCCAAACAAGAGCUACCUUUAUGGAAGUCCUCACCAAAAUUCUGCAGCAGGGAACAGAAUUUGAUACGUUAGCAGAAACAGUGCUAGCAGAUCGGUUUGAGAGAUUGGUGGAGUUGGUUACAAUGAUGGGCGAUCAGGGGGAGCUCCCUAUUGCUAUGGCUUUAGCCAAUGUGGUGCCUUGUUCUCAGUGGGAUGAGCUAGCUCGUGUCCUGGUCACACUCUUUGAUUCCCGGCACUUGCUCUACCAGCUACUUUGGAAUAUGUUUUCAAAGGAAGUUGAACUAGCAGAUUCCAUGCAGACACUCUUCCGAGGAAACAGCUUAGCUAGUAAAAUAAUGACUUUCUGUUUUAAGGUAUAUGGUGCUACAUAUUUGCAGAAGCUUUUGGAACCUUUGUUAAGGACUGUGAUCACAUCCUCUGAAUGGCAGCACGUUAGCUUUGAGGUGGAUCCUACAAGAUUGGAGCCUACAGAAAGCCUUGAAGAGAACCAGCGGAGUCUCUUGCAAAUGACAGAAAAAUUUUUUCAUGCAAUCAUUAAUUCUUCUUCAGAGUUCCCACCACAACUUCGCAGUGUGUGCCAUUGUUUGUACCAGGCAACUUGCCACUCUCUACUGAAUAAAGCUACCGUAAAAGAAAAAAAGGAAAACAAAAAAUCAGUUGUUAGUCAGCGAUUUCCUCAGAACAGCAUUGGAGCAGUUGGAAGCGCUAUGUUCCUACGGUUCAUCAAUCCUGCGAUUGUCUCUCCUUAUGAGGCAGGGAUUUUAGAUAAAAAGCCUCCACCAAGAAUUGAAAGGGGAUUGAAACUGAUGUCAAAGAUACUUCAGAGUAUUGCCAACCAUGUCCUGUUUACAAAAGAAGAACAUAUGCGGCCUUUUAAUGAUUUUGUAAAAAGCAAUUUUGAUGCAGCACGAAGGUUUUUCCUUGAUAUUGCAUCUGAUUGCCCAGCUAGCGACACUGUCAAUCACAGCCUGUCUUUCAUCAGUGAUGGCAACGUACUUGCUUUGCACCGGUUGCUGUGGAACAAUCAGGAGAAAAUUGGCCAGUACCUUUCCAGCAACAGGGACCACAAGGCUGUUGGAAGACGACCUUUUGACAAAAUGGCUACUCUUCUUGCCUAUCUGGGUCCACCUGAGCACAAACCUGUGGCAGAUACACAUUGGUCCAGUUUAAAUCUCACUAGUUCCAAGUUUGAAGAAUUUAUGACAAGGCAUCAGGUACAUGAAAAAGAAGAGUUCAAAGCACUGAAAACAUUAAAUAUUUUCUACCAAGCUGGGACAUCAAAAGCUGGCAAUCCUGUUUUCUACUACAUUGCUCGGCGGUUCAAGACCGGUCAGAUCAAUGGAGAUUUACUGAUAUACCAUGUCCUGCUAACUCUGAAGCCAUACUAUGCAAAGCCAUAUGAAAUUGUAGUGGACCUCACACACGCUGGCCCCAGUAAUCGCUUUAAAACAGACUUUCUUUCUAAAUGGUUUGUAGUUUUUCCAGGCUUUGCUUAUGAAAAUGUCUCAGCAGUUUUUAUUUAUAACUGUAAUUCUUGGGUCAGAGAAUACACCAAAUACCAUGAAAGACUCUUGACAGGUUUGAAAGGAAGCAAAAGGCUUAUUUUCAUAGAUUCUCCGGGGAAGCUGGCAGAGCACAUUGAACAUGACCAGCAGAAACUCCCAGCAGCUACCUUGGCUUUAGAAGAGGACUUGAAAGUAUUUCACAAUGCUCUCAAACUGGCUCAUAAAGACACCAAAGUUUCUAUUAAAGUUGGAUCAACAGCUGUGCAGGUGACAUCAGCAGAGCGUACAAGAGUCCUGGGACAGACAGUGUUUUUGAAUGAUAUAUACUACGCAUCUGAAAUUGAGGAAAUCUGUCUUGUUGAUGAGAAUCAGUUUACCUUAACGAUUGCCAACCAGGGCACACCACUCACCUUCAUGCAUCAAGAGUGUGAGGCCAUUGUGAGGUCCAUUAUUCAUAUACGGACACGGUGGGAGCUGUCGCAACCAGACUCCAUCCCACAGCACACUAAAAUUCGCCCUAAGGAUGUCCCUGGAACACUACUGAACAUAGCACUGCUCAACUUAGGAAGCUCAGACCCCAGUUUGCGGUCUGCUGCCUAUAAUCUUCUAUGUGCCUUAACCUGUACCUUUAAUUUAAAGAUUGAGGGCCAGUUACUGGAAACUUCAGGUCUGUGUAUUCCUGCCAACAACACACUCUUUAUUGUGUCUAUUAGUAAGACCCUUGCAGCUAAUGAACCGCACCUUACCUUAGAGUUCUUGGAAGAGUGUAUUUCUGGAUUUAGCAAAUCUAGUAUUGAACUGAAACAUCUUUGUCUGGAGUAUAUGACUCCCUGGCUGUCCAAUCUGGUCCGAUUCUGUAAACACAAUGAUGAUGCUAAGCGCCAGCGUGUCACUGCUAUUCUUGAUAAGCUAAUAACGAUGACAAUAAAUGAAAAACAGAUGUAUCCUUCCAUUCAGGCUAAGAUAUGGGGAAGUCUUGGACAGAUAACAGAUCUCCUUGAUGUAGUUCUGGACAGUUUCAUCAAGACUAGUGCCACAGGGGGCUUAGGAUCCAUAAAAGCUGAGGUUAUGGCAGACACAGCCGUAGCGCUUGCUUCUGGAAAUGUAAAGUUGGUUUCAAGCAAAGUGAUUGGAAGAAUGUGUAAAAUAAUCGACAAGACUUGUCUGUCCCCAACUCCUACAUUGGAACAGCACCUGAUGUGGGAUGAUAUUGCUAUUCUAGCACGUUACAUGCUGAUGCUCUCCUUUAACAAUUCUCUGGAUGUGGCAGCCCAUCUCCCCUACCUCUUUCAUGUAGUUACUUUAUUGGUGGCCACUGGUCCCCUUUCUCUCAGAGCUUCGACGCAUGGUCUUGUCAUCAACAUCAUUCAUUCUCUGUGCACUUGUUCACAGCUUCACUUUAGCGAGGAGACCAAGCAAGUUUUAAGGCUGAGCUUGACUGAGUUUUCUCUGCCCAAGUUUUAUUUACUGUUUGGAAUCAGCAAAGUGAAAUCAGCUGCAGUGAUAGCUUUCCGCUCCAGCUAUCGAGACAGGUCGUUUUCACCUGGUUCCUAUGAGAGGGAGACUUUUGCACUGACUUCCUUGGAAACAGUUACUGAAGCUUUGUUGGAGAUCAUGGAGGCUUGUAUGAGAGAUAUUCCAACGUGCAAGUGGCUGGACCAGUGGACUGAACUAGCUCAAAAGUUUGCAUUCCAAUAUAAUCCAUCCCUGCAGCCAAGAGCACUUGUUGUCUUUGGCUGUAUAAGUAAGCGUGUCUCUCAUGGACAAAUAAAACAAAUAAUCCGAAUUCUUAGCAAGGGACUUGAGAGCUGUUUAAAAGGCCCUGAUAAUUACAAUAGCCAAGUUCUAAUAGAAGCUACCGUAAUAGCACUCACCAAGCUGCAGCCUCUUCUGAAUAAGGACUCCCCUAUGCACAAGGCCCUCUUCUGGGUAGCUAUGGCAGUGCUGCAGCUAGAUGAAGUCAACUUGUACUCAGCAGGUACAGCACUACUUGAACAGAAUCUGCAUACAUUGGAUAGCCUUCGAGUGUUCAAUGAUAAGAGCCCAGAAGAGGUGUUUAUGGAGAUCAGGAGACCACUUGAAUGGCACUGCAAGCAGAUGGAUCAUUUUGUAGGGCUAAAUUUCAACUCCAACUUCAACUUCGCACUAGUGGGACACCUCCUGAAAGGGUACAGGCAUCCUUCUCCUACCACUGUAGCAAGAACAGUGAGGAUUUUACAUACACUACUAGCUCUGGUUAACAAACAUAGGAAUUGUGACAAGUUUGAGGUGAACACCCAGAGCGUGGCUUACCUAGCAGCUUUGCUCACAGUGUCUGAGGAAGUUCGAAGUCGCUGCAGCCUAAAACAUAGGAAGUCUCUCUUGUUGACAGACGUUUCAAUGGAAAAUGUUCCUAUGGAUACAUAUCCCAUUCAUCACAGUGACACUAGCUAUAGGACACUAAAGGAAAAUCAGCCAUGGUCAUCACCAAAGGGGUCAGACAGACAUCUGGCUGCCAGUUACCCGACAGUGGGACAGAUAAGUCCUCGAACACGAAAAUCCAUGAGUUUGGAUAUGGGGCAGCCUUCACAAGCAAACACUAAAAAGCUUCUAGGUACAAGGAAAAGUUUUGACCAUUUGAUAUCGGACACAAAGGCUCCUAAAAGGCAAGACAUGGAAUCUGGAAUCACAACGCCUCCCAAAAUGAGGAGAGUAGCCGAAAAUGAUUAUGAAAUGGAAACCCAGAGAAUAUCACCACAGCAACACCCACAUCUUCGAAAAGUUUCUGUUUCUGAGUCAAACGUCCUCCUAGAUGAAGAAGUUCUGACUGACCCAAAAAUUCAAGCACUGCUGCUUACAGUUCUUGCAACAUUAGUGAAGUACACUACUGAUGAGUUUGACCAGCGGAUUCUGUACGAGUAUUUAGCAGAAGCCAGCGUUGUCUUCCCAAAGGUCUUUCCUGUUGUGCAUAAUUUGUUGGAUUCCAAGAUCAAUACCCUUUUGUCACUGUGCCAGGAUCCGAAUUUGUUGAAUCCAAUUCAUGGGAUUGUUCAGAGUGUUGUCUACCAUGAAGAGUCUCCACCCCAAUACCAAACUUCUUAUCUACAAAGUUUUGGAUUUAAUGGGUUAUGGAGGUUUGCUGGCCCAUUUUCUAAGCAAACACAAAUCCCAGACUAUGCUGAACUCAUAGUGAAGUUUCUCGAUGCCUUGAUUGACACGUAUUUGCCUGGAAUUGAUGAGGAAACCAGUGAAGAAUCUCUCCUGACACCCACAUCUCCAUAUCCUCCCGCAGUGCAGAGCCAGCUUAGCAUUACUGCUAACCUUAACCUUUCCAAUUCUAUGACCUCGCUCGCAACUUCCCAGCACUCCCCAGCUUCUCUGCCUUGCUCUAAAUCUGCAGUUUUCAUGCAGCUUCCUCAUCAAGGGAUCGACAAGGAGAACGUGGAGCUCUCGCCCACCGCCGGCCACACCAACAGCGGGAGGAUGCGCCACGGCUCCGCCAGCCAGGUGCAAAAGCAGCGAAGUGCUGGCAGCUUGAAACGUCACAGCAUUAAAAAGAUUGUGUGAAAUUUGGGUUUGUUUUUUUUUGAAACUGACUGACGUACGUGGGCCUCUUGCAGAGGGCCCCCCACCAGUUGUGAUGCUGCACUUAAUUUUUAAAGUUCCCAUCCUGUCAGCCAUGUUGCCAGAUGAUCAACUCCUGAAACAUUGCCUGAAUUUUAAUGCCUUUUCCUUUUCUUCUGUUUUUGAUUUAAGCCAGUGUUUCAGAACCGCUUAUAGAUCCUGACGGACUUUGUAGCCGAAGAAAGCGUGGAGUUCUUUAACGCUGCAGUACAGUAUCUCGUCCAAAUAUGAAAGCCAUUUUCCAUAGACGGUUCUACCUUGCUUCUGUGAUAUGCCUUGUUUGUUUCUUCUCUGAAGGAAAGUGUUAAUACUUAAUCCUGUUUGCACACUUGUCAAGGUAGUGGCUUUAUGAGCCGGGGAAGUUACUAUAAUUCUGGUUUUAAUUCAAACCCGUAGGAUUUUUAGCUGUGGACUUUUUUUUACCAUGCUUAAAAGAAACUUACAAUAGCCGCAGUACAAUGAGCUUAACCAGAAGUGGUUGAUUAGAUUAAAUUUCUAGUAAUUAGCAAUAAAUUUAAAGAGGACAAGGAGGCCGCAUGAGUCUCUUCAUUCCCCAGACCAUAGCUUCACAUACUUGGACUGUAUAUGGACCAGACUGGACAAACUGGCUUUUUUCCAAAGCAAUUUUUUUGCUGUACUUUAACUGCACUAAAGAAGGUUGGAUAGUGGAAAGAAAAUCAUCACGAACUGACUAUUAUGGUGUCAUUGUAGCAAUGUUGAAAAUUGAUUGCUUCUUUCUUCCAUUUAGCCUAUACUUUAGUUUUGCCCUUCCCACCAAUAUGCACCUUCGAGAAAUUCCUGGCAGAAAAACCAUUGGGGCGUGGAGGGGAAAAGUUUAUGAAUUAACUUCCAGCUCUGGGAGGUUUUUUGGCAAAGCUGCUUUUGCGCUGCCCAAGCAGUGACAUAAAAACAGUAAUGUUUGCUUAAGGUACAUGAACUUAAAAAAUAACUGACACUUUGUCAAAUCCAGGUUACGUUUGAAUGUUUGCAGUGCAAUUUCUGGUAUCAGUACAGACGUUUGCAGUCAAACCUGUCUUGCAGAACUUUCAAGGGGGUUCAGUUUGCAAGGGUUCGUACUUGGGGGUUACACAAAACUGAAAUUGCUAUCACUGUGAAAGCCACAGUAUCGCUUGUCAGCCACAGCCGUGUAUUAGCAAUGGAUGGCUGUGCUAAUAUGCUGCUAUGUUGAGUGACAUGUAAAGAUGUGGCACUGGGUGCUACAGAUGCUACCUGCACGGACUGAAAGCGUGCGGCGUGUUGGAUCUCAGCGGUGAACAGAAAUUCCGACAAAAAGGCCUGUCAUCCAGGUGCUCACCUUAGGGCUAAGUCUAUCUACUGCUAACAGCAGCUGUACUUCCUAGUUUGAGAUCCCUGAUGUAUGUUAGAAAUUAACAAUUUAUAAGUGGCUUUAAAGGAGAAAAAAAAAUCCAGUAUAUAAAAAAAGGAAAUCCUCUAGUGCAAUUUUAUUAGUGGCUUUCAGUAAAUCAAACUCCACAGCUAAAUUGUUAGAGAAUGGUACAAUUAAGUGUUCAGAUUUUAUUGAUAUAGCACGUAAUCCACAUGUAUCCACACAGUAACAAUGUAACAUUUAUGUAAAUAAAAAUGCCUUUAUUGUAUUGAUUCAUAAAAUAACAACUUAAUUUUUUUAAUUUGUUUACAGUCCUGGAAGAACUAUGAACACAAACUUAAUAUGCAAAUAGUUUGCCAAAACAAGAGGAAAAAGUAGAAUUAGCGAUCUUGAAAUAGAUACCUUGGAAAAUAUUAUGACUUGUGCAAUUAACCAAACCUUUUUUUCUUGAUUGUGUAGAAGCUGCAGUAGAAACAUGAUUCCUGAACCGAUACAGAUCUAUGAAAGGGAUUACGAGGCUAGAAGUGAAUUUAGGAAUAGAGCAGUGACUCGUGCUAUGUUUUUAAGCUGCUAUGCAUUGGUAAUUUGGGGAGUCACUGAUUUUAAAACCUUUCUCAUCUCAUCCAUCAAAUUGCUAAUAGCUGCCUUCGGUGUCACUGUCACUUUGCUCUUGGUUGUACCGAACCAAGCUAAUUCCAGCCCUUUUCCGCUUUAAUGAAGACAAUGAAUUGUAGAAGCCUGAAGACUUGUUCUUGCCAUAGGUGGGAGGAAAAAAGAAUUUCUUGUAAUUGGCUGGUAGGAAAAGAUAAUUUUCAGUUUUCUCCUAUGAGCAAAUUUUCUUAAAAAAGAACUAAUUCCAGAUGAACUAGCAAAUCAGUUUCCUUAGGACUGAGUGCAUUGCAACUCUUCCAAUAUUUUGCAUUGUUUAUAUAAAAAGGAGUCAUUAAAUUAGAAUUAAUGCAGUCUUAGAAAUACAAGUAAUGCAAAAUCAAAAUGGACAAUGAUUUAAAUUACCUUUUGUGUGAGAACUAGAACUAGUGCAAGCUCUCAGUCCUGGCUGAAAAGAAAUAAUAAAUAUAUAUAUAUAAA